UGCCCUCCUGUCUACCCCACGGAGCCCACGGCCAUGGCAGCCCUGGUGGCCGGAGUGUCCAAGCAGCGGGCGGCAGCGGAAGGUCUUGGCUCCAACCAGAAAGCCGUGAAGUACUUGGGCCAGGACUUCGAGACCCUGAGGCAACAGUGCUUGGACUCAGGGGUCCUGUUCAAGGACCCGGAGUUCCCAGCAUGCCCGUCAGCCUUGGGCUACAAGGAUCUUGGACCAGGCUCCCCCCAAACUCAAGGCAUUGUCUGGAAGCGGCCCACGGAACUGUGUUCCAGCCCUCAGUUUAUCGUUGGUGGAGCCACGCGCACAGACAUUUGUCAGGGUGGUCUCGGUGACUGCUGGCUUCUGGCGGCCAUUGCCUCUCUCACCUUGAAUGAAGAGCUGCUUUACCGAGUGGUCCCCAGGGACCAGAACUUCCAGAAGAACUACGCGGGAAUCUUUCAUUUUCAGUUCUGGCAGUUCGGAGAGUGGGUGGAGGUGGUCGUGGACGACAGGCUGCCCACUAAGGACGGGAAGCUGCUCUUCGUGCACUCGGAAGAAGGCAAUGAGUUCUGGAGUGCGCUGCUGGAGAAAGCCUACGCCAAGCUCAAUGGUUCUUAUGAGGCUCUCGCUGGAGGGUCCACAGUGGAGGGGUUUGAGGAUUUCACGGGCGGCAUCUCUGAGUUUUAUGACCUGAAGAAGCCGCCAGCCAGUUUGUAUCACAUCGUCUGGAAGGCGCUCUGCAGGGGCUCUCUGCUGGCCUGCUCCAUUGAUGUCUCCAGCGCAGCCGAAACAGAAGCCAUCACCAGCCAGAAGCUGGUUAAGAGUCACGCAUACUCUGUCACUGGAGUCGAAGAGGUGGAUUUCCGGGGCCGUCCAGAGAGGCUGAUCCGGCUCAGGAAUCCGUGGGGUGAAGUGGAGUGGACGGGAGCCUGGAGUGACGAUGCGCCAGAGUGGAAUUACAUAGAUCCCAGGCAGAAGGCAAAGCUGGACAGGAAAGCCGAGGAUGGAGAGUUUUGGAUGUCUUUUGCGGAUUUCUUGAGGCAGUUCUCGCGGCUGGAGAUCUGCAACCUGUCCCCGGACUCCCUGAGUAGUGAGGAGGUGCACAAGUGGAACUUGGUCCUGUUCAACGGCCGCUGGACGCGGGGCUCCACCGCGGGGGGCUGCCAGAACUACCCAGCCACUUACUGGACCAACCCCCAGUUCAAAAUCCAUUUGGACGAGGUGGAUGACCACCAGGAGGAGAACGAGGGUGAGCCAUGCUGUACGGUGCUGCUGGGUCUGAUGCAGAAGAAUCGCAGGCGACAGAAGAGGAUAGGACAGGGCAUGCUCAGCAUCGGUUACGCUGUCUACAAGGUCCCCAAAGAGCUGGAGAGUCACACGGACGUGCACCUGGGCCGGGACUUCUUCAUGGGCCACCAGCCCUCGGCCCGCUCCAGCACCUAUGUCAACCUGCGGGAGGUCUCCAGCCGCGUCCGGCUCCCCCCGGGGCAGUACCUGGUGGUGCCGUCCACCUUCGAGCCCUUCAAGGACGGCGACUUCUGCCUGAGGGUGUUCUCAGAGAAGAAGGCCAAGGCCCUGGAAAUGGGGGAUGUGGUAGCUGGAAACCCACAUGAGCCACAUCCCAGUGAGGUGGAUCAAGACGAUGGCCAGUUCAAGAGCCUGUUUGAGAAGCUUGCAGAGAAGGAUUCUGAGAUCAGUGCCAAUGAACUCAAGACGGUUCUGAAUGAGGUGUUUUCCAAACGAACGGACAUAAAAUUCGACGGAUUCGACAUCAACACUUGCAGGGAGAUGAUCAGCCUGAUGGAUAACAAUGGGACAGGCACCUUGGGACCAGUGGAAUUCAAGAUGCUCUGGUUGAAGAUUCAGAAGUAUCUGGAGAUCUAUCGGGAAACUGAUGAUAAGCACCUGGGGACCAUCGAUGCCCAUGAGAUGAGGACAGCCCUCAAGAAAGCAGGUUUCACCCUCAACAAUCAGGUGCAGCAGACCAUCGCCCUGCGGUAUGCAUGCAGCAAACUCGGCAUCGACUUCGACGGCUUCGUUGCUUGUAUGAUCCGCCUGGAGACCCUCUUCAAACUGUUCAGGCUUCUGGACAAGGACCAGAGUGGCACUGUCCAGCUCUCUCUGGCUGAGUGGCUGUGCUGUGUGUUGGUCUGACCCAGGGUUUUGGACCUCAGUGAUGCUCCCUGCCAGCAUGCCUGCCUCUUUUCUCCCCGUCUUUACAGAUUUGUGAACAUUUAUCCUUGAAUGGCAUUCAUUGGUUAUUCAUAUCUUCCUUGUCUGUCAUUGUUCCCUGAGAUCCUGGCCUGUCCCCCUGGAGCAGUCUGGGGAGCCCUGGGUCUCUUUCAGCAGCACUGC